AUGUCGACCUCACCGCACAGUUUGGUGUCCUCCACAAAUGUGGCUGAGGGUGCACUCAAUUCCACUGUCCAUGCCACCGAAAAGAUGUUCAACAGCACCGGUCCUAAUACCGCCCCUUGGGAAACACCACUCGUCGUUGGUCUCCAUCGGGAUAUCGAACCGUCAAUCACAACUCCCACAAGAGGAGCAGAUGGAGCCAGCUGUGGCAAAUUCCUUAAUGCUGUCAUCAUCAAAUCGAGCUCGUCAGAAAAUUAUUACUUCCACACAGGGUGCCUCGGCCUGAGGCAGCGCAGGGCUACUAUAAAAGGCAGCCCAGCUCUAAGCUGUCUCAUCCACUUCUCUCGCCUCCUUCUCCCUGGGAAACAGGUGCACCUCUCUCCCCGAGGCAUGUCCUGCUACAACCAGUGCCAGCCCUGCUGCCAGCCCUGCGGCCCGACCCCACUGGCCAGCAGCUGCAAUGAGCCCUGUUGCAGGCAGUGCCAGAGCUCGAUCGUUGUAAUCGAGCCCUCCCCCGUGGUGGUGACCCUGCCCGGCCCCAUCCUCAGCUCCUUCCCACAGAACACCGUGGUGGGCUCCUCCACCUCCGCUGCCGUUGGCAGCAUCCUCAGCUGUGACGGAGUGCCCAUCAACUCUGGGUGCUGUGACCUCUCCUGCAUUGCCAGCUGCUACAGGUGUCAGCCCUGCUAA